AUGUCGAACAGUGAGAAGGUGAUCUAUACGAUCUCUGAGGUUUUUAUCGCUAUAGCAUGUUGUCUUGGCAAUUUGUUGGUGAUUUGGGCCGUCUGGUCGAGCCGGGCUCUUCAUAAGACCACGUUCUGCUUUGUUGUAUCACUGGCAGUGGCUGAUUUUCUGGUGGGCGCUGUGGUCGUACCUCUGGCUGUGUUAAUUGAUGAACGAGUACAGACGAGAUUUUACACUUGUCUGUUCAUCAGCUGUGUGGUCAUUGUGUUGACCCAAGCCUCCGUUCAUUCCCUGCUCGCUAUUGCUGUGGAUCGAUUCCUGCAUGUCCAUAAUCCCCUCAGGCACCUGCUUGCAAAACUUCUUCCAGAAAAGACAUUGACUAUUAUGGUGUUUAAUGAAGCCAGCAGUGAAGUUUCUCUUUUUUCCAGGUAUAGAGGAGCGAUCAAGAAACAAAACCUGUUGGCAGCGGUCACCAUCUGUUGGGUUUCUGCUUCUUUUCUGGGUUUCGUUCCCCUGCUUGGAUGGCACAACAAAGACCCCACAAACGUCACCUCAACCCUCACUUGCCAAUUUCUUGCAGUCAUUCCCAUGUCGUACCUGGUCAACUUUGUAUUUUUCAUUUGCAUCCUCCCACCAACUGUGGUCAUGUUCGUCCUCUAUUUGUAUAUCUUCUGUACGAUAUCUAAACAACUGAGAAGAGGAAUCGGUCAAGCUGCGGAGUCCAGGUGCUUUCUUCAAAAAGAGCAGAGACUGGCCAGUUCGUUGGCUUUGGUGUUGGUUUUGUUUGCUAUUUGCUGGUUCCCGCUUUACAUAAUGAACUCGUUGAGUUACUUUUACCCGAGUCUUAACAUACCGCCUCUUGUCGUUCACAUAGGCAUUUUACUUGUGCAUGGCAACUCUGCAGUUAACCCAAUAGUGUACGCUUUUAAGGUCCCAAAGAUUAAGACUGCAUAUAAAAACAUCUUGAUGAGGCUUAUAAGCAAAAAGCAAAACACAGAUCAAAGCAGCCAAAACUUGGAUAAAACCGCUACCACCUCCAACACUAACAUCAGAUAUAAAGUGAAAAACAGCCAAGAUGGUUUUGACCGCUAGUUAAGAUCUUUAGCACAGGGCAGUUAUGUAAUCUCUAGUAAUAUGCAUCAUUAACAUGAUAUACUGUAAAUGUAUAUUGAUACUGCAUUAUAUUACUGAUACUGAGAUAUUUCAAGCAAUACCUUCGUUUCUUGAGUAUGUCUGCAAA